AUAUCGCUGUUGUCGCCAGACAUUCCGCUGACCGUCGUUCCAGAUAAAGACGAUCCAGUAAGAAACGCUUUACUGGAACUGCUUCUCGAAGUGAGUGGAGCGACAUCCGGCAUGCGAAAAGCACUGAACCACAUGAAAAAGUCUACAACACCUCAAAUGACCGUGGACGAUGUGGAGAAAACCAUAGGAAAAAAGGAACGGCAGAAAAUUGAAGUCAUACAAGCUAUGGAAAAGACGUAUUCAACUGAGCAAAAUUUGUAUUCUCGAGCCACCAGCCCUUCUCUCUUCCUCCCCGCUCCCUCCCAGUAUCCGUGUCAGAUCUUCAUCAUAAUGAAGCCACGCUGCCACUGA